GAGGGAGGUGCGCUGAACUCUUCGAUAAGUAAAUUAAUUUGUGAAAUUCAAGAGCAACAUAGAGUUAUCAGCAAAUUCAAAUAAUAUUGCAUAGAGUACAGCGGCAAAGAGCAAACGUUAUAUAUCAAAAAAGUUUAGUUCUUUGUUGUAGAGGCAAAAGUGGUGCAGACUGCGCUAUACAUAAUUGUAGAAAAUCGAUAAGUGGCUUUGUCACAGCAACGCACGUGUUGAGGAGCCAGACAUUGGACUGACAUUGUCACAUAUGUAUAGUACAUAAAUGGUUUAAGUGCAGCGCGCUAUGGAGCAGGCGUGAGAGAGCCAAUCACUUAUGAUUGCCUGACUCACCAAACAUUUGGAACGUGCCACUUUUAUCGCUGUGUUCUCUGCCAAUUGCUAUUGGUGCGUUCUGCUUCUUCAAACGUGAUCGUGAAUGGCAAAAGAGCAAAAUAAAUACGUACUUAUACAUUAUUUUUCCUCAAAAAAGAAAAAAGCUAUACCAAAAAAUAAAUUGCCUCCCAAUAGAAACUGGUUGCGGCAGAUUUAGUGGUGGAAGCGAAAGUGGCGACAGUAGUAGCGGUAAUAUUGGCAGUCAAUUGAACAGUCAACGCAGUGGAUUCUACGAUUGUGGUUGUGUGCAUUUAAUACAGUGGACACGCAAAGGAUUAAUAAUUGUAUGUCAGUUUAGCGACGCUUAUAUACUAGCAAUACGGGUAACAGAGGCUAUAGCGUACUUAGUAAACACUAUACAAACAUGUACAAACAAACUUGUACGAAUCUGCUGGAGCAGUCACCGGAGAAGGUCAAGGAAUGGCUGAACGGUUUCGACGCUGUCAUCACCGAUUGCGAUGGUGUGCUAUGGGUAUACAGUAAUGUCAUCGAAGGUGCUGUGGAUACAAUGAAUCGCUUCAAAACGAUUGGUAAAAAGAUAUUCUUUUGUACCAACAACUCGACCAAAACACGGCAACAGCUGCUUGAGAAAUCGCACAGCAUGGGCUUCGACAUCACAGCCGACGGCAUGAUCUCUUCAGCGCAUUCAACUGCUGCAUACCUGAAGGCGCGUAAUUUCCAGAAGAAAGUGUAUGUGAUAGGCGCCGGCGGUAUAACGGGUGAACUGGAUGCUGUGGGCAUUAAGCAUAGCGAUGUGGGUCCCGAUGUAAUGACCAGCACACUGGCCGAUUAUCUGGCGACCAGCUUUAGUAAAGAUCCCGAAAUUGGCGCUGUGGUUGUGGGUUUCGAUGAACAUUUUAGUUUUUGCAAAAUGAUCAAAGCCGCUUCGUAUUUGGAUAAUCCGGAGUGUCUGUUCAUUGCAACAAAUACGGAUGAACGUUUUCCGAUGCCCGGCAUGGUGAUACCCGGUUCGGGUAGUUUUGUGCGCGCAGUGCAAACAUGUGCCGAACGUGAACCUUUUGUAAUUGGCAAACCAAAUCCAAGCAUAUGUGAGUGGUUGAUAAAUGAGGGUACAAUUGAUCCGGCGCGUACACUAAUGAUUGGCGAUCGCUGCAACACCGAUAUACUGCUGGGUUACAAUUGUGGCUUCCAAACGCUGCUUGUCGGCACCGGCAUACACAAGCUGAACGAUGUGGAGGCGUGGAAGCAAUCCGAUGAUCCCGAACAGAAGAAGCUAAUACCCGAUGUCUUUUUGCCCAAAUUGGGCGAUUUGCUGCCAUUUAUGUAGUGUUAGUUUUAAACAAUAACAUAAAUAUGAAAUCAGUACCCACAGCAGCCGUUUCUAAGUUAGUGGGCUGUAAACAAAAAAAAAAUAAUAAUAAUAAUAAUGUAAUAACAAUAACAA